AUGCCCUCACCUUUUGGGCAACGAUCUCAGAGCCAAUGCAGUAUCGAGGAGAUGGGCCGUCCAGAUAAUUUGAUUAACAAUACUUCGCAUCUUCAGGAGUCACCCGGUUACAGCGGCAGCGAUGCGGAAGUCUUGAGCGUCUCACUGGAUCGGCCACCGCUUCUCUACGAGACGGAGUGGACGGUUGAGAAAAACACUCUCCCAAAGAGUAAUUUGCUUCUACAGCUUUUUUAA